AUUGACGUGUCUCUCUCUCUUUCUCUCCAUUCUUCCGUGAUCAAAGGCACUGGUUAUCACAGUUGAAGGUUCUUGAAUUCCUCACUUUUUCUCUGUACUUUCCCGUGCAGUGUUCAUAAGGACCCUAUUUUCUUGGAACCUACGCGAUUUUUCCUUCUAGUUAAGAGAGUGAGAAGUAGUGGUAACUGAAGAUGGCUACUCGUAAAAUUGAGAAGAUGGCUUCAAUUGAUGCUCAGUUGAGGUUGCUGGCACCCAGGAAGGUUUCUGAUGAUGAUAAAUUGGUGGAGUAUGAUGCUUUGUUGCUGGAUAGGUUCCUUGACAUUCUUCAGGAUUUGCAUGGUGAAGAUAUUAGGCAAACGGUUCAAGAUUGUUAUGAGCUGUCAGCUGAGUAUGAAGGGAAUUAUAAGCCUGAGAAAUUGGAGGAACUUGGGAACAUGCUGACUGGUCUUGAUGCAGGGGAUUCUAUUGUCAUUGCCAAGUCGUUUUCUCACAUGCUUAAUUUGGCCAACUUGGCAGAAGAAGUUCAGAUUGCUUACAGGAGAAGGAUCAAGUUAUUAAAGAAAGGUGAUUUUGCUGAUGAGAACUCUGCCAUAACUGAGUCUGAUAUUGAAGAGACUUUCAAGAAGCUUGUGACUGAACUGAAGAAGACCCCUCUGGAAGUCUUUGAUGCUUUGAAGAACCAAACUGUAGACUUAGUCCUAACUGCCCAUCCUACUCAGUCAGUUCGCAGAUCUUUGCUGCAAAAGCAUGGAAGGAUAAGGGAUUGUUUAUCCCAGUUGUAUGCUAAAGAUAUUACACCAGAUGAUAAACAGGAACUUGAUGAGGCUCUACAAAGAGAGAUUCAAGCUGCAUUUCGUACAGAUGAAAUUCGAAGGACUCCUCCUACACCACAAGAUGAGAUGAGGGCAGGAAUGAGCUACUUUCAUGAGACAAUUUGGAAAGGAGUACCAAAGUUUUUGCGCCGGGUUGACACUGCUCUAAAAAACAUUGGAAUAAAUGAACGUGUCCCAUAUAAUGCCCCUGUUAUUCAGUUCUCUUCUUGGAUGGGAGGAGAUCGCGAUGGUAAUCCCAGAGUAACCCCUGAAGUCACAAGGGAUGUGUGUUUGCUGGCAAGAAUGAUGGCUGCUAAUUUGUACUUCUCUCAGAUAGAGGAUCUCAUGUUUGAGUUGUCUAUGUGGCGCUGCAGUGACGAGCUCCGUGUUCGAGCUCAUGAACUUCAUAGAUCCUCAAAGAGAGAUGCCAAACAUUAUAUUGAGUUUUGGAAACAAAUUCCUCCAAACGAGCCAUAUCGUGUUAUUCUUGGUGAAGUGAGGGAUAAACUGUAUAACACCCGUGAACGUGCUCGUCAGUUAUUAGCCAAUGGGACCUCUGACAUCCCUGAAGAAACAACCUUCACAAAUGUUGAGCAGUUCCUGGAGCCUCUUGAACUCUGUUAUAGGUCACUAUGUGCAUGUGGUGACCGGCCUAUAGCUGAUGGAAGCCUUCUUGAUUUCUUGCGCCAAGUUUCUACAUUUGGACUUUCGCUCGUAAGACUUGACAUCCGUCAAGAGUCAGAUAGACACACUGAUGUUAUGGAUGCAAUUACAAAACACUUGGAGAUUGGAUCAUACCGAGAAUGGUCUGAGGAACGCAGGCAGGAAUGGCUAUUGUCUGAGCUCAGCGGAAAGCGCCCUCUCUUUGGCCAUGAUCUUCCUAAAACAGAAGAAAUAGCCGACGUUUUGGAUACAUUCCGUGUCAUUGCAGAACUUCCUUCAGACAACUUUGGUGCCUAUAUCAUCUCAAUGGCAACGGCUGCAUCUGAUGUGCUUGCAGUUGAGCUCUUACAACGUGAAUGUGGUGUGAAGCAGCCAUUAAGGGUUGUUCCACUGUUUGAAAAACUUGCUGAUCUUGAGGCUGCUCCUGCUGCAGUAGCCCGGCUUUUCUCUAUAGAUUGGUACAGAAACCGCAUCGAUGGGAAGCAAGAAGUUAUGAUAGGAUACUCAGAUUCAGGGAAAGAUGCUGGUCGUUUUUCUGCAGCUUGGGCACUAUACAAGGCUCAAGAAGAACUUGUAAAGGUUGCAAAGGAGUUUGGUGUUAAGCUGACAAUGUUCCAUGGCAGAGGAGGGACUGUUGGAAGAGGAGGCGGCCCAACUCAUCUUGCUAUCUUAUCUCAGCCACCAGAUACUAUUCAUGGCUCACUUCGUGUAACGGUUCAGGGCGAAGUUAUUGAACAGUCAUUUGGAGAGGAGCACUUGUGCUUUAGAACACUUCAGCGUUUCACUGCUGCUACACUUGAGCAUGGAAUGCAUCCUCCUGUGUCACCAAAACCAGAAUGGCGCGCCCUCAUGGAUGAGAUGGCUGUCAUUGCUACGAAGGAGUAUCGCUCGAUUGUUUUUCAAGAACCUCGUUUUGUUGAAUACUUCCGAUGUGCAACUCCCGAGUUGGAGUAUGGGCGAAUGAAUAUUGGAAGUCGUCCAUCAAAACGAAAGCCAAGUGGAGGAAUCGAAUCACUCCGUGCUAUUCCUUGGAUUUUUGCUUGGACACAAACAAGGUUCCACUUACCAGUGUGGCUUGGCUUUGGGGAAGCAUUCAAGCAUGUUAUUGAGAAGGAUCCAAAGAAUCUCCAAAUGCUUCGGGACAUGUACAAUCAAUGGCCUUUCUUCAGGGUCACCAUUGACUUGGUUGAGAUGGUUUUUGCCAAAGGAGACCCCGGUAUUGCCGCCCUAUAUGACAAACUCCUAGUGACAGGUGAGCUUUGGCCAUUUGGAGAGCGUUUAAGAGAAAAAUUCGAAGAAUGCAAGAGCUUUCUCCUCCAGGUUGCUGGGCACAGGGAUCUUCUUGAAGGAGAUCCUUACUUGAAGCAAAGGCUUCGCCUUCGAGACUCAUACAUCACAACCCUCAAUGUCUUGCAAGCCUACACAUUGAAGCGAAUUCGUGACCCUGAUUACCAUGUGAAGUUGAGGCCACACUUGUCAAAGGACUACACGGAAUCAAGCAAGCCAGCAGCAGAGCUUGUGAAACUUAACCCAAAAAGUGAGUAUGCUCCUGGUCUUGAAGACACCCUUAUUUUGACCAUGAAGGGUAUUGCUGCUGGCAUGCAAAACACCGGUUAAGCAAAGUUGCCAUAGUGUCAUGCGCAGUGUUGUUUCUCUAAUAUUAUGUGUUGUGUUUGUUGUGACAUUGGAGUUUUGAACUAAUGUCAAAUGACUAUUACCCUAAUCUUAUAGUAUAUUAUUGUAGAAUAAAUGUUGGAUUUAGUUAA